AUGGACCGAGGCCGAGUGUCGGACUUCAGCAUCGAGCGCAUCCUUUCCCCGCAGCUCGGCCCGAGGCCGCCGCUGCAGGACUUUCCACCGGACAGGUAUCACCGGGGGGUCACCGGCAAUGUCAGAGCUCCCUCGCCGGUCCAGGUCCCGUUACAGGCGAUGGGCUGCCAGCAGUGCAGAGAGAUGAGCUCCGGAGAGGAGCGAUUCCCGCUGUACAGACCCGCUGUUCAUCAGCACUUCUACUCAAACCCCGGAGUUUACGCGCACUUCAGCCAAAACUGUGCAGAUAUGCAGCCUCUGGCGGCUUACAGUGGAUACCCGCAGCCCGCGGCGGUGCACCCGCAGUCGCUUCAGAAGUUCCGGAUGAGGACGGUGUUCACGGACAGUCAGAUCAAGCAGCUCGAGGCGCUGUUCGAGAUCACAGACUACCCCGCAGUGGAGACUCGUGCCGAGCUGGCGAGGCGCACCGGGCUGAGCGAGGAGACCGUCAGGGUGUGGUUUAAGAACCGCAGAGCUCGGAGGAAGCGCCAGUGA